AUGGCACAGUCUCAAGUUUCAGAGCGCCCAAGUUUCCAAGCAAUAAUUCGUGUACUGGCUGGCGGUGUUGGCCCCAGCUCUGCAUUCGGUGGCCAGGCUGGCGGUGUUGGCCCCAGCUCUGCAUUUGGUGGCCAGGCUGGCAGUGUUGGUCCCAGCUCUGCAUUCGGUGGCCAGAACUUCAACCGCGGUCCCGGUGCAGCUCCAUCAGCUGGUGGUGCUGAAGACGAUGGCUCGUACCCUGGUGGUGACUACUCCGCUAUUCCCGGCGAGCCUGAUAAGGACUACCCGAUCUACACCGAGAUCGUGCAGACCAACUUCAAAUGCAACCAGCAGCAGUACCCUGGAUACUACGCCGACGUGGAGGCGCGCUGUCAGAUCUUCCAUGUCUGCCACAACAACCGAACGUAUGACUUCUUGUGCCCCAACGGCACAAUCUUCAGUCAGGAGCACCUAGUCUGCGUGUGGUGGUACCAGUUUGACUGCAGCACUGCCCCUGACUUCUUCGGCAAAAACAAGGACGUCUUCAACAACAACAUCGUGGGCGCACCCCAGUCCUUUGCGGGUGCAGCUGGCGCCUUCAGCCCCAUUUCAUUCUCCGGACAGCAGGGCCCCGUCGGACCAUCCGCUUCGUUCCCCGGCCAGCAGGGACCUGUGGGUCCGCUCGCAUCGUUCCCCGGACAGCAGGGACCAGUUGGACCAUCAGCUGCUUUCCCCGGACAGCAAGGUCCCGUCGGACCAUCUGCAUCAUUCCCCGGUCAGCAAGGACCCGUUGGACCCUCCGCUUCAUUCGGUGGUAACCAGGGACCGCAAGGACCGUCUGCCUCAUUCCCUGGACAGCAGGGCCCGGUCGGACCAUCCGCAUCAUUCCCUGGACAGCAGGGCCCGGUUGGCCCGUACGCUUCAUUCUCCGGUCAACAAGGACCUGCCGGACCUUCAGCUUCAUUCCCUGGACAGCAAGGCCCCGUCGGACCAUCUGCAUCAUUCCCCGGUCAGCAGGGACCUGUUGGGCCCUCCGCUUCAUUCGGUGGUAACCAGGGACCGCAAGGACCGUCUGCCUCAUUCCCCGGCCAACAGGGGCCUGUCGGGCCUUCUGCUUCCGGACCCGCGUACUCAGGUCAACCCGGUGCCUCAGGACCAGCAUACUCCGGCCAACAGGGAGCCUCUGGACCUGCGUACUCCGGCCAGCCUGGUUCUUCUGGACCUGCGUACUCCGGUCAACCCGGUGCUGGUGCUUCGGGACCAGCAUAUUCCGGUCAGCAAGGUGCUUCUGGACCGGCGUACUCCGGUCAGCAGGGCGCUUCUGGACCCGCAUACUCUGGUCAACAGGGAGCAAGACCAUCUUUCUCAGACUCCCAGGGAUCGUUCCGACCCACCACUCCAUUCCCUGGCGCUUCCGGCCCCAGCAGCGCUUUCCCUGGCGCUUCCGGCCCCAGCAGCGCUUUCCCUGGUGCUUCCGGCCCCAGCAGCUCUUACCCGGGUGCUUCCGGCCCCAGCAGCGCUUUCCCUGGUGCUUCCGGCCCUAGCAGCGCUUUCCCCAACAGCGGCAGUUUCUCGGGAACCACGGCGUACCCCGGCGGUCAGCAGGGCGGCUCCGUGACCCCUGGCUUCUCUUCGAAUCCGUUCCAGGGUUCUACUUCCCCUUCGGGUUUCGCGUCAACUACUGGACGCCCGAAAGUCCAAGAAGACUUUGUAAGCUCGUCGACGCCGUUCUCUGGCUCCACGACUCCAAGGCCCGGCCUCUCUGGGCAGAGCCGACCCACCCCGCCCAACAGAGAGUACCUUCCGCCUUAUGCCGGGUAAAUUUAAGUAAAGUCUAAGUGAUUGAGUGCUGAUUUUGGGCUCCAGCUGCCUGAAACCAGUCCCUCACUUACGCGAGGGGGUAUGUGCUCUCAAAGCGGUGACCCACUUCACACCAUUAAGUUCUAUUACGCCAUAACAUAAGUCUCAUUAUACCUGAAAACAUCAAGAUUUGAGUUAAAAAUCAGUCUCCGACUGUUAAAUUUAGAAUAUAUCUAUUUUGCGUAAUACAAGGAAUAGGUGUCCCAACUAGUACUUGAAUGUAUACCCCCUCGCCCACGUUACCAUUUCAUCUCAUCUCUAAACGUUAAGUGGGUAGUCCUUUUGCCAUGACGUAUCCAACUGUGAUACGUCUCUGUCUGCGGUAUAUCUGUGUAUAAUAUGUAAGUUAUUUAGGGGAGUAAGAUGAGGAGUUGUUUGUAAGUAGAAUGCCAUUCUAAAUAGAGAGGUGAAGUCCAAAGCCGGAAACCGCGUUACGGAUGUCACCCACCGCUCAUUGUGUCAUCCAUGCAUACUAUUUAUUGUACAAUAAUGUGGAUUUUGUAAAGAUCAUUCUCUUUUUUUGAAAUAAACCUCGUGGUCGUAAGAAAAA